AUGGAGCAGCAUAUUGUCAUGGAGAACGACAUGGUGAUCGCAGGAGAAGUGGUUAUUGGAGCGGAUGAAGAAGUCAACGAACUCCACUUGCAAUUGCGCGAAAAGAACCAGGAGAUUGCAAAUUUGAAAGACGAAAAUGAGCAAUUGACCGUAGAGAAGAACACCGAGGAGAAUUGGAAAAAUUAUUGGUUUGGAGCUUUUAAUCGGGAGAAGAAUAGGGCCGAUGGUUUGCAAUUGGAGAAGGAUCAGGCUGGAUUUGGGUUAGCGGUGCCAGUGGCAGAUCUCAAAGAGUACCUCUUCCACCCGGACAGCCGUCAUCAAGUUCCUCAGAUCGUCCGACGAGUUCCGAUCAAAAUUCGCCAGCUGUUUUUCAUCAAAAAUCGGGGUCGGGAUUCGUUCCGUUCAUUGACAGACUAA